UGGUAGACAGAGAGACGGUGGGUGAAGGUGGUAUUGGAGCGGCAAGAAAAAGGAUGAGGUGGUGCAGAGAGGUGUUCUCUGUGCGUGGGUCUGGGUCGGGUGCUCAUGCCAUUGCGCUGUCACUCGCACCUAUAGUUACUGCUUCCUUUUGCAGCAAAAGUCUUGUGUUGCCAUUCCAAAAUUUUCCUUUCGAAUUCAAACUCACUGACUCAUCUUCUCUUGCUCUCACCCAUCGUAAGCAGCUCUUACCCGCUGCACUGUCACUAACACAGCCCUCUACUGCAAGGGAGGACGAUUUUGAUUUUGUGGUCGUCAAUUUCUACCAUUUUGUGUUCAUCCAAGACCCACAAGCCGAAGUCUCCAAACACCGUUCUUUCUUGGAAUUGCAGGACCUCGACAUCAAUGGAAGAGUCUAUGUGAAUGAACAAGGGAUUAAUGCCCAGUAUAGUGGACCAUCAAAAGAUGCUCUGGCGUAUGUCAACUGGUUAAGACAGGAUAACAGGUUUUCUGACAUAUUGGUUCAGAUAUCUCCAUCAGAAAAUGGACAUACCUUUCCAGCAUUGAAGUUGCGUUAUAAGCCUUCAUUGGUACAGUUUGAAGGUGGUAUGUCACAUCUUCCGUUGCUUGAUCCUUCGAUGCGUGCAAUAGCUUUAUCACCAGCAGAAUGGAAAGAAAGAUUGGAAGCAGUCAAUAAAACUGAUCUUAGAGCAAAAGAUUAUCAUGACAGAGAUUUCAUUCUAUUGGAUGUCAGAAAUGGUUAUGAGUGGGAUAUUGGACAUUUUCGUGGGACUCAACGACCUAGUGUGGACUGCUUUAGGAACACUUCUUUUGGUCUUUCUCAGGAAGAGAUCACUGCUUCAGAUCCUUUAUCAAACGUGGAUAAAGAAAAGGCAAACAUAUUGAUGUAUUGCACUGGAGGGAUUCGAUGUGAUGUAUAUUCUACAAUACUAAGGAGGCAGGGGUUUCAGAAUCUAUAUACCCUGAAGGGAGGUGUUUCUCACUAUUUAAAGAACGAAGGGGCUGCUGAAUGGGUGGGAAAUUUAUUUGUAUUUGACUCCCGUUUGUCUCUCCCUCCUUCUGUCUACUAUACUGGGGCCACAGCCGAAGCAGAAUUAACUCCAGUUUCUGGAGAUGAUAAGUUUGCAAAAUGCCAUGUAUGUAAUUUGGAAGUGAGUGAAUUGAGACAUAGGAACUGCGCAAAUCUUGAUUGUAAUUUGCUUUUUCUAUGCUGCACAAAAUGUGUAAAGGAUCUAAGAGGUUGUUGUUGUUUGACGUGCACUACUGCUCAUCGGCUUAGACCUGUUUUAAAUGGAAUGCAGAGAUACAAAAAAUGGCACAACUAUCGGGAUAUGGAUUUGCCAGAGCAAUGACUAUUUCAACUUAAAUGCUCUUGUUAUCCAAUGGAUAAAGCUAGUUUCUCUAUAUUUUUGUUGUUUUCCAGCUGGCAUUGGUAUCUAUUGGAACACUAUAACUGUCAAUAAAUUUUCAUGUAUACAGGAAUUGAAGUGAUAUUGAAUUGAUGAAGUUUGCAACUCGAUGCAGUGAAGGUAAAGGUUGUGAUAGUAACAUCCUGGACAUUUGGUUUACGAUUUGAAAUGAUAAAAUUCAUGUAGAGUAUGUUG